AUGUCUGAGAAAGACACAGUGAGCCAAGAGACUGCAGAGGAGGUUGGGAUUGAGCAAGAUGUUGACAUUUCUCCACCCUCCCCAGAGACGUGCAUCAUUAGAACUGCAAGCUCAGAGGUAGAGGAGAAAGAGAAGGACAAAGAUGAUAAAGCAAAUGACACAAAGGCUGACCAUCAGAAACGCACAGGAAACCAAGGGCAGCAGAGGAAAAGAGCAAAGUCAGGAGCCAAAGGUAAAUUGGUGAGGAGUCUUGCCGUUUGUGAGGAGUCUAAUCUGCCUCUACCAACAGAAGCGACUCCAGAGGAUCAGUUAGCAUUACCAGUUGGGACAUAUGUGGAACAGCAAGUGGGGAAAUACAAAUGUUUACUUAAGAUAGAUUGCAGUCAAGAGUACACAGAUUCUACAGGGAUAGAUUUGCAUGAAUUUCUUAUUAAUACAUUAAAGAAUAAUCCCAGGGACAGAAUGAUGCUUUUAAAAAUGGAACAGGAACUAAUAGAUUUUAUCAAUGAUAACAACAACCACUAUAAGAAAUUCCCUCCAAUGUCAUCAUAUCAUCGGAUGUUGGUGCACAGAGUAGCAGCUUACUUUGGAAUGGAUCACAAUGUAGAUCAAACUGGAAAGUCUGUUAUAAUCAACAAAACUAGCAAUACUAGAAUACCAGAGCAAAGGUUCUGCGAACACAUAAAAGAUGAGAAAAAUGAUGAGUCCCAGAAAAGAUUUAUUUUAAAAAGAGAUAAUUCUAGUAUGGAUAAAGACGACAAUCAGCAAAAUAGGAUUCAUCCAUUUAGAGAUGAUAGAAGAAGUAAAUCAAUUGAGGAGAGAGAAGAAGAAUAUCAACGAGUAAGAGAGAGAAUUUUUGCACAAGAUUCCACAUGCUCCCAGGACAGCCUAUAUGUGGAAAACAGCUACAUUCUAGAGGAUAUCAGUACUUUCAAUGACACACAGAAGAAGAGGCAGCUAUUUAGGAGUAAUAGAGACGGAACAGGAAAGACAUCAAGUAGUCGGCAGAGCAGUACAGAGUUGGAUGUGAAGUGGACAGACCAGCGACCGUGGAGCAGCACUGAUUCAGACAGCUCAAAUCGAAACUUGAAACCCCCUGUGACGAAGACAGCAAGUUUUGGUGGCUUCACUGUAUUAACACGUGGCGACAGUACAAACAGUAACAGGAGCACAGGCAAACUCUCUAAAACAGGUUCCGAGUCUUCCAGUAGCGCAGGCUCCUCAGGUUCAUUGUCACGGAACCAUCAGCCACUACAGAGUGCAACUGUUGUCCCAGCACCAGUCAGCUCUACAGGAUCAGUCUCCUACCCAGACGGUGGAAUGGGUGGACAGGUGACACCUACCAACACCAGCUACAUUUUGCUUCCUUUGGAAGCUACAGGUAUACCACCUGGCAGUAUUCUGUUAAACCCACACACAGCGAAUUUUGAUGUGUUGCCAGUGUAUUACUAUCCAUCUGGCCAGUACCCUACCUCAACAGCCCAACAGUUCAGACCUGUUGCUUCUGUUCAAUACAAUGCACAGCGAAGUCAGCAUAUACCACAGACCACACAACAGACAGGUUUUCAGGCUGUGUUGCCUAAUCAGCAGCAAGGGUUCCAGGGUCUGAUGGGAGUGCAACAGUCAUCACAGAGUCAGAACCUGUUGAAUAACCAGCAGGGAAAUCAGGUGCAAGGGCUGAUGGUCCCAUAUCCAGCCAUGUCUUCUUACCAAGUGCCAAUGACCCAGGGUUCUCAAGGGAUGUCUCAACAAUCCUAUCCACAAGCUAUCAUGCUACCCAACCAGUCAGGUCAAGGAACACUUCCAACCACUGGAAUGCCUGUCUAUUGUAAUGUUAUACCUCCUUCUCCACAAAACAACUUAAGGUUGGUAGCACCCCACUGUCCUACCAAUAAUGUACCAGUGAUCCCUGCGAACUGCAGAACAAACUGUACUAGUAUUAGCAGCCCUGGAUGGCAGGUUAAAUAUUGACACUGGCUCUGUGUGAAUAAAAUAAUGUCAAAAUGCAUUUUUUGGACAUAGUAACUAUGGCCUUCACAAAAAAAUGGAACAUCAGUUGAGGAAAUAGAGUGUUAUGUUCUCAGUCGAUCACUGCUGGUAUUCUGUUUCAAAAAAAAUACAAUUCUGAAAAUGUUUGCUGGUUUCUGGUGCAUUUUAGUCAUGUCCCUGCUAGGUAUGCCUUUGUAGCUUAGCUGAGUGACAUGGAUUAUCUGAGGUCAGACCUCUCCCUACAACUGAGCACCACUGUGUAGAUUGUAAUACCCCAAUACUGAUUAGUUUUGUACUU